GUACACGUACACACAAUUUUGUCGUGAUUUCUUUUAUUUGUUUAAAAAUAAUAUUACAAAUACUGUUAAAGUGCAUAGCAAAAAUGUACAAGAGUGUGUUGAGUGUUUUGCAUACGUGUGCGCACAAUUUGUCGCAAUAGGAAUAGCGAAUAUUCGCCAACCAAACGGAAAAGACAACAAAUUGUUCGCUGAGAGAGGGAGGAGAGAGAAUUUUAUGCUGCGAGCGAGAGUUAUUUAUUUCAUAAGAAAUUUGUUAAUCAAACUGCCAAAAUGGAGCGGCGCGUAAAACUAAAGACUAUUAAUCCGCACAUAACGUGUAAAAUAUGCGGUGGCUAUUUCAUAGAUGCGACCACAGUGACCGAGUGUCUGCACACAUUUUGCAAAAGCUGCCUGGUGAAACACUUGGAGGAAAAAAAGACAUGCCCCACCUGCGACAACAUUAUACAUCAAUCACAUCCGCUGCAAUACAUCAGCUUCGAUCGCACCAUGCAGGACAUUGUGUACAAAUUGGUGCCAAAGCUUCAAGAAGAUGAGUCGCGGCGCGAACGUGAUUUCUACAAGAGUCGGAAUAUGCCAUGUCCGAAGGAUAUAACGCAAAAUCACGAUGACGACAACGAGAAGGUGAUGGACGCGCAUGCCGAAUCCGACUUCCACCGUCUCGACGAACAGGUCAACGUGUGCCUCGAGUGUAUUAGCAAUAACUUUAAGAAUCUGCAAAGACGCUUUAUACGCUGCAGUUCGCAGGCGACGAUAACGCAUCUCAAAAAGCUCGUCGCUAAGAAGAUACUCAACGGAAUCGAAAAAUAUCGGGAGAUCGAUAUACUGUGUAAUGAGGAGCUGCUGGGCAAGGAUCACACGUUGAAAUUUGUCUAUGUGACACGUUGGCGCUUUCGAGAUCCACCGUUACGGCUGCAAUUUCGUCCUCGUGUCGAGCUUUAACACAAGCAAAUGCAAAAAUGAUCUAUAUAUAUAUUUUUUAUAAUUUAUUGACAUAGUGCUCUAUUAUAUAUAUGAAUAUAUAUUUAUAUAUAUAAAUAUGAAUCUUAGGAGUUCCCCUAGUGUUAGUUCUCUCUAAAA